AUGGUCCAACCACGCAUGCUCGAGAAGGCCGAUGAGACCUCAGCCAACGACGAGAACGAGGUCCGUCGCGAAGAUCAAGAAAAAAUAAACCGAUUCAGUCGGCUGCAUCAACGUGAGACUGUCCUUGAAGAGCAGUUGAAGGGAAAGCAAAAAGACAAGGAAGACCUCGAGGAGGUGUCUUUAGAGCUGGAGCUGGCCGACGAAGACGAUCUUGUGCCGUAUAAAAUUGGAGACAGCUUUUUCCAGCUUCCUCUCUCAGACGCGCAGGGAAUGCUCUCUACGUCAACGGAGAAGGUUGAUGGCGAGAUUUCCAAGCUUGAAGAGACCAUUGGCGAUCUGCGUGAAGAGAUGCAGCAGCUGAAGGUGGCGCUAUAUGCUCGCUUUGGUCGGAGUAUUAAUCUGGAGACUUAA